CCUCAAUUUUAAAUUCCCAUUUUCUAUAAGGAAUAUGAAUGUAACUAAGUCGUCCACCUCAGUUUCAAGCAGAAUCUGGACUGAUUUGUAGCUUUUUUUAAUUGAUGUCGAUUUCAGAGACACAAAUAUCUUCUCUACGUUAAAUUUGAAAAGGCCUGACAGUUGUAAAGCGGAUGUGGCGGAAAUGUAGGUUUAGCCUAGCGGGAAUUUUCCUGUUCCUUUAGUUCGUUUGUUACCUUCUUCACCCUGGCGCAGUAAAAAGAAGGGCUAAACAACGCUGAAAGAAGAGUUUCAUGCAGAGACGAAAGUCGUUUUUUCGAAGGUAAAGAAGAAGAAAAUGGCAGAUCUUAUGGACGGUAAUCUGGAGGAUGGGGAGAUCUCGGGGUCGAGCUCAGAUACGGAGAUGGGCUCUGGUGCAGCGGAGCACGUCAGACCUCAGGUCCCCACAGUUUUUAGCGGGCUGCCCUUCCAAGGCAGAGCCGCUGACCAGCCACCUGCCGCCGCAUACCGCAGCACCAGCAAGGCGGUGGAUUCCAGCGAUAGUGACCCGGACUCGUCGGACGAAGAAGGAGCUGUCUGGCGUAGGAAGCGACAGAAGGUCUUCAACGUUCCUCAACCGACUAUAAACCCAGUUCAGCCCGAGCCUACGUCUGCGCAGGGGGGCCGCAAGGUUAACAACAUCUGGGGCUCUGUGGUCCAAGAGCAGUGCCAGGAUGCUGUGACCGCAGAGCUGGGCAUAUUUGGAAUGGAGGGAGUCGGCAUGUCCAGCAGAAAUGUGGAGACGUACAACUUUAUCCUGGCCCGUAAGAUCAUGGAGAAGGAGAGGGAGGCGGAGAGGCAGAAGCAAGGAGGGGAAGUGAGCAUGCUUGAUGCCGAGCUGGAGGACUACAUGAAAGGUGGGGCCUCGGAAUUAGACAGAGCAGGCGGGGAUGCAAAGAGAAAAAGAUCGGUUAAAGAGAGACUGGGCCCCUUAGCUGAAAUGGACAUCAAGGGCCGGUUUGAAAUCACAGAGGACGACCCUGACGAUAAGGUGGUGGAAGAGAUAGCGUACAGACUGCAAGAACCUAAGAAAGACUUGAUAGAACGGGUUGUGAGAGUUGUGGGGAAGAAAAAAGCCAUCGAGCUGCUGGGAGAGACCGCCACGCUGGAGGAAAACGGUGGUGUGUACACCAUGGACGGCAGUAGGCGGCGGACACCCGGGGGAGUCUAUCUUAACCUGCUAAAGAACACACCCAGCAUCACCAAGGCUCAGAUCAGGCAGAUAUUCUUUGAGGAGCAACAGCGAGAUUACAAGAGCAAGAAGGCCGCUCAGAAGAGGAGGCGGCACUUGGUGGCGAAGAAGAUGAAGCAAGCCAUUGGCACGCUAAACCUGCAGGAGCACGAUGACGUCUCCAGGGAGACUUUUGCUAGUGAUACCAACGAGGCCUUGGAAUCAUUGGAGGAGGCCGCAGAAGAAGAAGAAGUGGAGGAGGCUCAUGAGGAAGCAGCUGUGGGCACAGAUGAGACAGCAGUGGUCUACAAUUCAACAGACCUGGAGGUUUUCUGAGUAGCAUGUAGUCUAAACAAGGAUAAUUUCAACUAAGACUGGAAUUACCCACUGAAAUCACUGUACAAGUAAUUAAUAGAAUCACACCGUGUCUUUUCUUCUCACCUUAACAAUAAAAAUGCUUAUGCUUAUGGUGGAAACUUAGAUUUUUUCAAUCUUUUGGUUGUAGUUUAAAUUUGUUUUUGUUGUUUCUCAGUAUAAAUCUGGAAGUGUCAGACAAACAUUCUUUUGUGGUGGUUUAUGCCAUCAGAAUUUUUUUUCGUGUUAAUUUGUCCAUUACAUGAAUUAAAAAAAGUAAAGCUAUUAACCUGUUUGAUGUUUUUCAUCAGUGCAAUAAAGGUUCAUAACUGUCAUAACAACUU